AUGCAAACUGGGGAAGAAUGGAAAUGUUGUCAUAAUGGAUCUAUCUCUACUUCUUUCUAUUAUAAAGUUCAUACAUUUACAGGUGCUAUAGAGAUUUCAUUGGUAUUAAAAGAUAAUAAAACAAAAGCUGACCAUUUGAAUCAAGAUGUACGAUAUCCUAGAUUAGUUAUUAUUAGGCCAAGUAAUAUAUUCACGUGUGAAAAUAUAACAUCAAUAACUUUGGAUCAUUUAAUACACAACCAAUUUAAGGACUCUGAUGAUCUAUGCAAUGAUCAACUAAGAAAGUUUUGUGAAAAUUGUAUUUUUGAAAUAAAGAAUGAGGAAGAUAUGCCAUUACUCAUGAAUUUAAGAAAACUUUAUGGUCCUCCAGAAUUUUUAGAUGCAGAUACUGUUAUUGGGAAUUCUAAUAUACAUAUAGUAGAAAAUGAUGAAAGUGGAUACCCUAUUAUUAAUUGGGAAGGUUCUAAUGCAAAUAUAGUUAGGACUAAUUUGAAACAUUCAACUGAUAACUUUCCCAAUAUUGGAGAUAUACCAAAAGAAGAUAUAUUACGAGAUGAAGUUAUGGAUAUUUCAACAUAUUCUGUUGCUAUAGUUCAGGCUCUAUCUAUAGUAGGAAUUCUAACAGUUUUAGAUGAACCUUUUCUUUUAUUAAUUACAGAAUGUCAACCUUCAUGUAUUAUCUAUCAAAAUGAAUCUUAUAAGUGUAUUAAUAAAGUAACAAAAUCACUAGCAGUACCUUUAAUUUCGCAAAUGAAUACAAAGUUAUGUGAUAAGAUGAAAUUUGAUGAUAUAGGGAAAAUUCAUUUGAAUACAACAGAUCCUAAUUUAAAUAUAAAUACUUUAAAUAAUUCUGAUUUUAAAUAUAAUAAAUUAGAGUCUAGUCCAAUACAAAGUCAAGAUUCUAAACCUGUGUUAUUAGGGACACAAUCAUUUACUCUUGACUCAAAUGAAUGGGUACAGCGAGUAUCACAAACUCUACAGAAAAUGUCACCAAGGAGGAGUAAAAAAGAGGCUUUGACAUCUUUAUGGUCUCCUCUUGGGGAGACAGGAGCUCAAUGGUUAAGUAAUUCAUUCUCAAAUGUUUCAUCAGGUAUUUUUGAUUCAGUAGCUACAGCAUUUAUAUCUAAAGAUUCAGUACUAAAUAAUGGGAUAUCUGGAAAUUCAACUACAAAUCAAAUAAAUAAGAAUCCCAAUGAUUCUGAAGAUUCACCUAUGGAAUCUGCUACUGAUAGAUCAGAACCUGCUAGCAUAGAAGAUAUUUUAUCCGAAAGACAAUCUUGUAUUGAACGUCUUGUAAAUGGAGUUACUAGAUUAUUGUCAUCUGGGGGAUUUUAUUUUAGUUUUGAUAUGGAUUUAACUAGAAGUUUACAACAAAAAUUUCAGGAUAAAUGGAUCGAUAAGGUUGAACGUGUAGAUUUAAAUCCAGAUAAGGCUAAUAAUAAGGAUUUCUAUAAUUUGAUAUAUAAUAAUGCUUCUAAUGCAAAUAUAUUAUCAGGUGAUAGUCGUUUUAUAUGGAAUAAGAAUAUAUCUAUACCUUUACUGCAUGCGAAUAUUGAUCCUCGUUGGGUUACACCUUUAGUACAAGGUUACUUUGGAAAUCAAGCUGUAAUUUUAUCAUCAACUGGUCCUGGUCUUGUAAGGACAGGAUCUGAUAUUUUAAACUGGAAAUGUAAUACAGAUAAUUGGGGAGAAUAUAAUCUUUUUAAUAAGAAAUCUAAUAGUGAUAUUGAAGGUGUAGCAACUCCUGAGUUUACUAGACUAUCCAAUUAUACUUAUAACUCAUCAUCAACUCCAAAAGUAACUACACAAUCCAAAAAAAAACUGGAGUCAAGUAAAUUUGAGGAGUUUAGAUAUUCAAAAUUAGAUAGAGAAUAUUUAAAAAAUCACUAUAUAUACUGUAAUCAAUGUCACAAAGAUUAUUUAGAUGGUUUAACUCGUUUUGAUUUAGUAAUAAUGUCUAGGAGAUCUUGGGAAAAGGGAGGAACUAGAUUUAAUGCUAGAGGAGUUGACGAUAAUGGGAAUGUUGCAAAUUUUGUUGAGACAGAACUUCAGAUUUGUAUUAAUACAUCAGAUGAGUGGACUUCAUUUCUUCAAAUCCGUGGAUCUGUACCUGUAUUUUGGGAGCAAUCAGGAGUUGCUUCUGCAAAUUUAAUAUCUGUAGAUGAUAAUUUGUCUAAUUUAGCAUUUUAUAAACAUCAAAAACAAUUAUGUGAUCAUUAUGGACAAAUUUUAUAUGUUAAUCUCCUUGGUUCAGCUAUUCAUGAAAAAGCUUUAACUGAAGCUCUUAUUGCACAAAUUGAUACCUAUAAUAAAAAUCUUGAUAGUUAUAUUUCUCAAUUAACCUAUGAUGAAUCUACAAGAACUGGAUUUACUUGCAUAUGUGGAAAACAAGCUAUGGAUAUUGAAGAUAAAGAAAAAUUAGCUUCCAAACUAGAAUAUAAUAUAAAAAAAGAUAAUAAAAAAGACAAUCAAGAUACAUUUUCAAAAGUUUAUGAUGAUAAUAAUUUACAUAUGAAUAUAGUAUAUGAUAUUAGAGAAAUGUACUCUUGUCACUGUUUUUGUACUUGCUUUGCUCUUCCUAUACUUUAUAGUAGUUAUGAUUAUCAUCAAAAAGUCAAAAAUCUUGGUUUUGAAGAUGCUUUACAAGAAUAUAUAUCAAUACUUGCUCAAGAAUAUAGUAAUAAUAUUGGAUAUUUUCAUGGUUGCUUUAAAACUAGAAUAAAUAAUUUACAAUUUCCCGAUUCUAAUUUAGAAGAUACAGAUGGAGAACAGAAUAUUUAUACAAAUGAACCAAUGGUGGAUCCUGUUAUUUUAAAUCUUCAACAGGGGGUUAUAAGAACUAAUUGUUUGGAUUGUUUGGAUAGAACUAAUGCUGUACAGUGGUAUAUAGCUUGGACAUGGUUAGUCGAUUGGUUGUUAAACUUAGCAAAUUGUGAUUCUUAUAAUAGUUCAAGAGACUCUUUUCAGGAUAAUUUAUCUAGUAUAUAUACAAAACGGGGGAAAUUAAAUAAGACAUCUCAAUCAGAUUACCAUAAUUUACAAUAUACAGAUGUAAAUAUUAAGGACGAUAAUUCUGAUAUGUAUAAAUCAACUGAUAUCUUUGAUAAUCAAAGGUGUAGCAAUACAAGUUCACAAGUUCAUGAACCUUUAAUUGAAGGUCAAAUAUCAUACUCUGGCUGGGUUUCUUCUAAUAACAAUAAUUUUUUUCAUUUAAAACAAAAUCCUCAAAUUAAUCAAUGUAGUGAUAUGGAUUUAAGUUUUGAAAUCAGGAAUCGAUAUAAAAAAUUAGGAUUAAAACACUUAAAAAAUUUAAAUUCUAGUAUGACCAGCAAUUGUCAGUUUAUGUCUCCUUUGAGUUUAUGUAAUCCAAUUAUUCCUUCCCGUUUAUCGCAUUUAAAUAAAACUAAUAAUCAGACAACUUCCAAUUUAUUACCAUAUAGAAGAUUCUCAAGUAAUACCUCUGGUAACUUGAAGAACUAUGAAAAAUCGUUACAUAUUACUGAUGAUGACGAACAAUCUUCCUAUAAUAUUUCUGAACAAAAUAAGCAUACUUAUAAUAUUUUAUCAUUGAAAAGGUGUCUUAAUAAUGGGAUGGCAAUUGUUACUUUAAAAGAUGCUUUCAGCUAUUUAUGGGCUGAAAAUGGUGAUGCUAUUAGUGAAAUCUAUGCAGGAGCUGGAAGUGUUUUUAGUGGUGUAAUAAAAAAUAGGAAAGUUUCCUUAUCUACUAAUUUUGAUCAUGCCCUAAAAUCUCUUAGACGUCUUUACCAUAAUACAUUUGAAGACUCAUCAAGACAACAGUAUAUUGACUGUCUAUUAUCUAAACACCCUGCUAGUCCUUAUGUUAACCAAAGAUACAGAACAAACUUUUGUAGUGCUAAUUGCAAAAUCUCAAAAAUACCUUGUGAACAAUCAAAAUUCCCUAAGCUUACAGUUUGGGUUGGAACUUGGAACUUAGCUGGUCAGCAACUUCAAGAACCUUUAGAUAAAUUAAUUAACUCAGAUUUCCCAAAGAAUACAAGUAUUGCAUGUUUUUGUUUGCAAGAAAUGGUAGAAUUAAAUAGCGUGAGGAUAAUGUUUAGUCAAGGAGAUAAAAAUAGAGAAGCAACUUGGGAAUAUUGUGCGUUGAAUUCUUUAGGAAGCCAAGAAUAUGUAAAAGUUCAAAGUGUAAGCUUAGUUGGAUUAUUUUGUAUAGUAUUCGUAAGACGUUCUCUACUGAAUUUCAUAAGUAGUGUCAAUAUUGCAUCUUUAAAACUUGGACUUAUGGGUAAUGUUGGAAAUAAAGGAGCUGUUUGUAUUCGAAUGAAUAUCAAGGGUUAUGGUAAUAUUGCUUUUGCCAAUGUACAUUUAUCCUCAGGUGAACAAAAUAAGGAAGAUCGAACUUUCCAACUCAGGAAUAUUAUGAAUUCACCAAUAUUUAUUAAUAAUGAUUUUGGAACGUUUGAAGAUCAAUUUAAACAAUUUACUGGAUCGUGUUUAUCAGAUCAUGAUGUUGUAAUAAUGGCAGGUGAUUUCAAUUUUAGAAUUCAACUCUCUAGAUCUCAGGUUAUGAAAUUAAUUCAAGAAAAUAAUUUACAACAAUUAGCAUCAUAUGAUGAAUUUAUCAUAGAACAAGCUAAUCGUAUUGGUUCCGCUACUUCAUUUUCAGAAGGUGAACUUGUUUUUUAUCCUACCUAUAAAUUUGUUAGGGGUGAAGAUUCAUAUGAUUCAACUAGGACUCCUGCUUGGUGUGAUAGAGUAUUAUUUUAUACUAAAUAUAAUAAAAACAUAGUCAGAUUAUAUAAACAAGAUGAAUUACUUGUAUCUCUUGAUGAACAACAAAUAGAUCCUAAAGUUAGACAUAUACAAGAAGAUCCUUCAAUUAUGUCACCAAAACCUAAAAUACAGGUUAUCAAGUACUCAUCUAACUCAAGGUACUAUGGAAGCGAUCAUAAACCUGUCGUAGCUAUCCUAUCUAUACAGUUUGAAUAG